CACAUGACCUUCCAUAGCUCUUUGCUCAGUGGAACGUCCACCUCUUCCUCCACAUCUCUUAGCAGUCAUAUUACAACAUCCACCAGAUCUCUGUAUCAUAUUUUUUUCUGUGUGCACUGUUUUCAGCGUCUUUAUCUUCUAGUAACUUGCCUCAUUUUCCAGCUCUCGUUUGGACUCUGUGACCACAUCACUAGUGGUAUACAUGCGAAGUUACCCCGCGCAGCUUGUGAGCUAUUAUCAAUCGCAAGUACAGUGCUUGAACGUGAGCAAUUCAUGAAGAUUCAUGAAUUCCACAUAAAUCCGAGUCAUCUGUAUCUUGAACACCCAUCGCUGGGUUGUUGAAUUUUCUCUAUCAAUUCGUCGUCAUGUAUCCAACACGUCUGUGUCGGCUGGGAGCUCUCCGGCCAAACCUGGCAAAACACACCGAGAAUCUGUUGACAUAUCGCCCUUUCUCUACCAGAGCGCAAUGGAAUGACCAGACUCCUACCAGAUCACAAAGGGGUGACCAGAACGCGCCAAGGAAAAGCCAGAAAAGAGCUUCUGCCAACUCCAAAAUCUUCAAGGUCUCAGAUGAGGUUCGGGAAGCCAUCGAAACUGGCAAGCCAGUCGUGGCACUGGAGACCACUAUUUACACCCAUGGCUUUCCCUAUCCAGACAAUGUAGCGCUGGCAACCCACCUAGAGUCCGUUGUGAGGCAUAACGGAGGGAUACCAGCAACAAUCGGGGUUUUAAACGGAGUUGCCAGAGUUGGUCUCAGUGAGGAAGAGCUAACAGAGCUUGUUAACCCAUCGAGCAAGACCGAGCUCAUGAAAGUCUCCAGGAGAGAUUUGCCUUUCAUUGCGGGACUUGGACUAACAGGGAGGAAGAUAAAUGGUGGUACUACAAUCGCAGGCACAAUGCUCCUUGCGGAACUAGCAAAUAUCUCCGUCUUUGGAACAGGGGGCCUUGGAGGAGUUCACCGUGGUGGAGAGAACACCAUGGACGUAUCUGCAGACCUCCAAGAGCUCGGUCGAACAAACGUCACAGUUGUUAGCAGUGGCUGCAAGAGCUUCCUUGACAUUCCGCGCACCUUGGAGUAUUUAGAAACGCAGGGCGUCUGCGUCGCUACGUUUGCAGAUGGCCGAAAAGGUGACAUAGAUUUCCCAGCGUUUUGGACACGUGAAAGCGGUGUUCGGAGUCCAAUGGUUAUCGAAAAUGCGGAAGAAGCUGCCGCGAUCAUACACGCGUCGGAAUUGUUCCGUGCCAACGGCAUGCUGUUUGCAAACCCUAUCCCUAAAGAGUGGGCGCUGGAAAAAUCCAAAAUAGACCAGGCUAUCGAAGCUGCUGUUGCGGAGGCAGCCGAAAAGGGGUUCCACGGCCACAGAAACACGCCCUUCAUUCUGUCUCGCAUCAAGGAGCUUACUGAAGGAAAGAGUGUGCCUGCGAACAGAGCCUUGGUCGAGUCCAAUGUGGCUAUAGCUACAGGGGUUGCUGCUGAGCUUGCAAAGCUAAGAAAUGCCGAGUCACACACAUCUGUAUUGCACACUCCCGUCAUAUCUCCCGAUGAAUUUCGAUACACUAAAGAAGCCGCGUUGUAUGGGGUGGAAGUCGAAUCCCCAGAGACAACUCUUAGAGCUCCGACGCCAGAGCCAGUCCAAACGAGCCCCAAAGUUCCAAAGCCCGCUUCACCACAAGAGAAGGUAGACAUACUUGUAGCGGGAGCUGUUGCUGUGGACGUAUCGUGCAACUACAAACCAUUCGACAAGACCGCUGACUCGCAACCCCUGAUACACACAUCUAACCCUGCUUCUAUAACAGAAACCACAGGAGGAGUGGGUUUCAACGUCGCCACAGCAGCCCAGUAUGCCAGCAAGACCAAUUCUGUGCAGCUAUGCAGCCUCAUAGCUACGGACACUGCAGGCCAACUCGCGCUCUCGACAAUGAAUGAGUUCGGCCUUAGAAGCGACGGAAUCACUACACUCACGGCGGAUGCAAACACGAAGACCGCAAAGUAUGUGGCAGUCAACACCACAGGAAACGACUUAUUCGUCGCUAUGGCAGAUAUGGACAUUCUUGGCGGUGCACGCGAUGACUUCCAAAUACAAUGGCAGAGUAAGCUCGAUGCUGCGAAGCCGAAGUGGGUUGUCGUCGACGCAAACUGGCACCCAUCUGCAUUCAAACAAUGGAUUACUGCGGCCAGCGCAGCUGGAGCCAAAGUGGCCUUCGAGCCUGUCUCAACAGCCAAGUCACAGGUUCUCUUUCCCGAACCAUCAACUGCAGGCCUCCCCCUCCCAGUCUUCCCCAAGAAUGCAAUCAACCUUGCAACCCCAAACACCCUCGAACUAACCGCUCUCCACUCCGCCGCUCGUGAUCGCUCCUACCUCGAGCGCCAAGACUGGUGGGAGGUCGUCGACGCCCUCGGCAUUCCCAGCAGCGGCGCCCGCGACCGCUUCGUGCAGCUAACAUCGCGUGCUCUCGUUGACGCUGGCGUGCCGCAGAUGACUGUCCAGUUACUGCCAUUCAUUCCUUCGAUUGUUACUAAACUCGGUAGCGGAGGCUGCCUACUAACCGAACUCCUCACCCCCGACUCCCCCAAACUCACAGCCCCUGAACAUGCGCCCUACGUGCUCGCGAGGAGCAACAACGGCACCGACUUCGUCGGCGGCGUGUAUAUGCGGCAUUUCCCCGCCGAGGCGUUAGGUGUCGGUGGCGUUAGCAGCGUCAAUGGAGCUGGGGACACGUUUUUGGGUGUCUUGGUUGCUGGGCUUGCGGAAGGAGUAGAGCUCGACGAGGCGCUGGUGGGUAUAGCGCAGAGAGCGUCGGUAUUGACUUUGGGUGAUGCAGCGUCGGUAAGUCCGUUGUUAAAGACGGUAACGAGGGGGGAGUUGGAGGGGUUGGCAGGGAGAAGUGUAUGAGAAGGAAGGAAUUGGGCGUGUAGAUAAAUAAAUAGUGAUACUCAAAUAUAAACAAUCUAAG